AUGUCGGACGACGAACUCCCCACCGGCGGCAUGGGCAUGGAGGGAAUGGGCAUGGACGACAUGUCGGACGACGACAUGGGCGACCUGCCAUCGGAGCUUCCGGAGGGUGUCCAGAAGGAGGUGCUGACCCCGGCGCCCGAUGGCAGCUGGAAGAUGCCCAAGAGGGGCGACGAAGUCGUCGUGCACUACGUGGGCACCCUGCAGUCGGAUGGCAGUGAGUUCGACUCCUCAAGGAGCCGGAACAAGCCGUUCACUUUUACUCUGGGCAGGGGCGAGGUCAUCAAGGGCUGGGAUCUUGGUGUCGCAUCCAUGAAGAAGGGCGAGGUGGCCAAAUUCACGCUGGCCCCAGAGUUCGCCUACGGCGACGAGGGAAGUCCACCCAAGAUCCCCGAGAAAGCCACGCUGGUCUUCGAGGUCGAGCUUAUCAGCUGGGUGUCCAAGGACGACCUCUUCGGUGAUGAGGGGGUGAUCAAGACCCAGGUGACAGAGGGCUCAGGCUGGAGGACUCCUACCAGCGUUGCUGAGGUGCUGGUGUCCAUCAAGGCAGAGGCAGGUGGUAGCGUUCUGGAGGAGUACACCGACCUGGAGUAUGUCAUGGGCUCUGACAAGCUGGGACCACUGGCGCAGGCCUGCGACAAGGCUCUGAUGCAGAUGAAGGUGGGCGAGGAGGUGCAGCUCAAGUGCAGCAAGGAGUACGCCCUCGGAGACCGCACGCCCGAGGGUGCUACUGUCACCAUCAAACUGCAGCAGAUCUACGAGACCAAGGACGUCUCCUUCGAGUCUGACAAGACAGUAAUGAAGAAGCAGGUCAUGGAGGGUGAGGGCUACGAGACACCCAAGGAUGGAGGCAAGGUGACCUUGGCCGUAGAUCUGGCCACAGAUGGCUCCGCUCCCUUGCAGGGCUUUGCUGCCAAGACCCUGGAAUUUGUGGCCGGCAACGGUGAGGUCUGCGAUGCCCUGGAGUGUGCCGUGGCUCAGAUGAAGAAGGGCGAGAAGGCCAUCAUUACCGUCACAAGACCAGCACUGGCAGCGGAGGCCCAGCUAGGCUUGGCUUCCUUGGAGAAAGUAGAAAAAGUCCAGCUGACCCUCCGACUGGAGGACUUCGAGAAGUCCAAGGACACCUGGAGUAUGUCGGAGGAUGAGAAGCUCGAGUUUGGAACCGCGCGGAAGGAAGUGGGGGCCGGCCUCUUCAAGUCUGGGCGCUUUGUGAUGGCUCUGCAACGCUACAAAAAGGUGGCGGACAUGUUCAACUAUGUGGACAACUUCCAGGAGGAGAACAAAGCCAAAGCCAAGGAGCUGAAGAAGCUCUGCAACCUGAACAAGGCAGCCUGCUACCUGAAGAUGGAAGAGUUCUUUGAGGCCAAGGGUGCCUGCGACUCCGUGCUGAAGGAGGAUUCUCAGAACCUCAAGGCAACCUUCCGGCGGGCCCAGGCGCAGUUCGGCAUGAAGAACUUCCUCGACUGCAUCCAGGACUGCAAGAAGGUCGUGGAGCUUGAUGCCCAGAACAGGGAGGCGCGAGUCCUCCUGAAGAAGGCCCAUGAGGGUCAGAAGGAGGAGGACAAGAAGUCCAAAGGUCUCUUCGCUACCAUGUGCAAGGCAUUGGGCAAGGGCCCCAUCCCAGAACCGCACAAGGAGAAGAGGCAGUUUGACGACGAGGAUGAGGACGUCGACAUGGAGGAGCCGAAGGAAGGCGCAGACGCUCCCAUGGCAGAAGCAGAGGGAGCUCAGGGUGGAGCGUGA